CGGUAACGACAGAAAAGCAAGCAUCUCUGGCACCGGAACCGUAGAACGCCAACUAACACUAUGAAUUUUCGGUUUCCCCGAAAUAUCCCCGUAUUCCCUCCUUUUUUACUCGCCAAUGUUCACAACCGCCGUCGACUCUUCUCUUGGUACGUCAAGCAGUUCCGUACGACGUCGCAAGCCCGCGGCUCUCUCGGUGGCGGCAAUACCAAUUCUCAAGGUAAAGCUUUUGUGAUGUCGGGUGCCACAGUAGCCACUAUACUCAUGCUUGGCGCUCUUCAUGCUCGACGGCUUUACGAUGACAAGAAGCUCGAAGAAGCACGAGAGAAAGGGAUUGAAUUUGAGUUCCGAGAGGAUGUAAAGGCUACAUUUCUAAGGAUGCUACCUUUGCGAUCUAUUUCUAGAGUUUGGGGCUCUUUAAUGAAUGUGGACAUUCCAGUUUGGCUGCGUCCACAUGUUUAUAGGGCAUGGGCUCGUGCUUUCCACUCAAACCUAGAGGAAGCAGCUCUCCCUCUUGAAGAAUAUGCAUCUUUAAGGGAUUUCUUUAUUCGCACAUUAAAAGAAGGUUGCAGGCCUAUUGAUCCUAAUCCCUAUAGUCUGGUUAGUCCUGUGGAUGGCACUGUUCUCAGAUUUGGGAAGUUGAACGGUGCAGGGGCCAUGAUUGAGCAAGUCAAAGGAUUUUCUUAUUCUGUGUCAUCUCUUCUAGGUGCUAGCAUUUUGCUCUCGCUGGUUGCGGAGAAAAAUACCGAAGAUGAGAGUAGUAAUACUGAGCAGGAAAGCACUCGGAUAGAAAAGAGUAAGAAGUCAUGGUGGCGGGUUUCAUUGGCUUCUCCUAAAGUCCGGGAAACAGUUUCUGAAUGCCCACUGAAAGGCCUCUAUUACUGUGUAAUAUACUUGAAGCCUGGAGAUUAUCAUCGCAUACAUUCACCGGCUGAUUGGAAUGUUCUUGUUCGACGGCAUUUUUCAGGCCACUUGUUUCCUGUGAAUGAACGUGCUACAAGGACAAUCAGGAAUCUUUAUGUCGAGAAUGAAAGGGUUGUCCUUGAAGGUGAAUGGCAACAAGGUUUUAUUGCAAUUGCAGCAAUUGGUGCAACAAAUAUUGGGUCAAUUGAGCUUUUCAUAGAACCAGAACUUCGGACAAACAGGCCAAGAAAAAAGUUAUUAUCAUCAGAACCUCCAGAAGAACGAUUAUAUGAACCGGAAGGAGUUGGUGUAGUGCUAAAGAAAGGAGAUGAGGUUGCUGCUUUCAAUAUGGGAUCGACGGUUGUGGUUGUCUUCCAGGCCCCAACAUCAAAGAACAGCGAUGCUACAGAGUUUCGGUUUUCUAUUAGGCCUGGAGACAAAAUUCGUGUUGGAGAAGCUCUGGGAGUAUGGCAUAAUGAGAGUCACUAGUCCAUUAGUUGCUAACCUAGGGGAUGCACCUGGUUCCAAAUAAUGUAAAACAAAAGGCUAUUGUUUUUUA